AUGUCGAGAAUUGCUACAAAUUUUGCAGAUAAAUAUAAUCUUACUCCUCAGAUGAGCGUAAUUGAGCUUAGCAAUCACACCGAAGAAUUGAUAAAAAUUUUGAGGGAUCCCAAAGUACGCGAAAAUGCUCGAAACCGAUUUCAGAAAUUAGGAUUUAGUAAAGAACAAAAAUAUGCACUUAUCCCAAUUCAAACUUCUGGAAGGCGUAUUAUGGGUAGGGAUCCCGUUAAGAAACUUGCUUUGUAUAUUAAGGAGAAUGAAGAUAAUCUUGAACCAGAACAGAUAAAUGAAUUGGCCUAUAAUUUGGCUAGAACGGGUCCCAUUGUCAUAGCCCAAUCUUCACUUCUUAAAUUGCUUCGAAAAGAAUUACGCCGACUCAAUACUAAAUACAUUACAUUAGAAGCUAUAUAUAUCCCAAAUAUUACUCAGGAAUCAAAUAAAGAACAAGGGAAAAGACAAGAGCUUCGAGAAGAUGAAGGAUAUAAUUGUCCCGAAUUCUUUACUCUAGAAAAAGUACAGGAACGACUUCAAAAAUGUGACACAGCUAACCCUCCUACAAUACAAAAUUUAAUCGAUACAAUGGUAAUGCUUUGUAUGAGGCCAGCAGAUGUGAGAAAUCUUCAUAUAGACCAGUAUAAUUCAAAUAAUGCGGAAUG